GAGCGUAAGGUGGCUUUUGGCGGGUCGGCCUCGGUCUCGCGUGGGCUGGCCUAGCUGUGAACCGGGAGAUAACCCUGGUGGGAAACCAGUAGCGCUCCGCCUUGCAGGCCGAACGCCUCCUGGAGCUGGCGGGUGCGCAGCGGCUCCGGUAGCCCCGGCGGGCAGCCGUAUCGUGUUGCGCGUUGGUCUCGAUUCGUGCCGAGGCGGCAGCGGGUGCGGAUCUAAGGGCGAGCAGCUGGAGUGCCAGGGACACAGGCACCUUUGCCUUGCCUUCCCCUGCCCUGCCGGAAGCGGAACUGGAGGCUGAGGCAGCAAACAUCAUCCCUGCCCCACCCCUUCUCGAGGAGCGACAGGUUCACUUCUAGCCUGAGACAGUGCAGCAUCGGCACGCAGUUGCACCACGGGAGUGGGUUAUGGCGUGAUGUUUUUAACAACAGUAUUGUUCCGCAAGAGAAUUCCUGGAAAACAGUGGAUUGGAAAGUACAGGCGACCAAGAGUGGUUACUCUUACAAUGAAGCAAGCAAUGAUACGACGUCUGGAAAUUGAAGCAGAGAAUGAAUAUUGGCUGAGUCGACCUUUCCUGACACGGCAGCAGGAGUACAAACAUAAUACAGAAGAGAGACGUGCAAGAUGGGAAGCUUUCAGAAACCGGAUGAAGGCCAAGUUCCCUGAGCAUAGAUACAUCAGUGAUGAUUUAAACCACUUAAAUGUGACAAAAAGGUGGACAUCUUGAAUAAUAUGGCAUUUUUUUUAUUUGGUGUGUAUUACACACUGCAGUGGGAUCUGCUGUUGUACCUAUUAUGGCAGUUUUGUAAUUCAGUGUAGCAAUGGUGGAUGACAAAUGAGACUGCUAGAGUAUAUAAGAUCUUCUAUUAAAAGUGGUCACACAGCACAA